GACAAGUGAUCAACCAAUCAAACGGUGGGGCGGACGAAACGAAAUGAAAGUCCGCCACAUGUCCGCCAUAUCUACUACAUCUUCUUUCUAAUAGUGACGUUCAUAUUAUUUUGUGUUAGAUAGCGUUAUUGUGUAGAUAUUCGUUGUAUAAUUUAAUUAUUUUUUUAGUUUAUCUAAUACGCGCGUUUAGCGGUGCCUGUUGAGUAAUACAAUUUUUUUUGGUGUCGGCAUUAUUAGACGGUGAACCCAAUAUUUCACAGACCCUCGACGGCGGAAAACACCAUGGAGUCUCCACGGAAAUUCAACGAUUGUUAUUUUUACUACUACUCCACAUGCACGAAGGGGGACAACUGUGUGUUCCGUCACGAACCAUCGGCACUGGGCUGCGAGACAAUGUGCACAGCUUGGCAGCAGGGCAAGUGCCUUGAUAAACGCUGCAAAUUACGUCACAUGGAACUGAGGAAAAACCGCAAGCAGAUCCCAUGCUAUUGGGAGAACCAGCCUGGCGGGUGUCGUAAGAUGCACUGUCCAUUCAUGCACAAGAACCCGGACGCGCGCACCGACGGUAUCGCGCCUAGCCAGCCGGCGCCGCCUCCCCCCGUGAGACAACACAUACAUUACACGCCAUACACGCAGGUGCCGACAUCGGUGAACGUGCCGGAGCCCGUGUCCGCGGAGCAGCCCCCGAUGGGAGGUGUGGCAGCCCCCGUGCCCGCGCCCGCGCCCGUGCCACUGCUGUGGCAACAACAGCGCCAAGCAGUGGUGCUGGACUCGGCCAUCCUGGGCGUGCUGCCGGCGUCGAGCGAGCUGCUGGGCGGGCGGCGCGUGCUGCCCCCCCACGCGCACGAGCAGCCCGCCAACCCCUACGCGCCCAUGCCCGUCGACCCCCUCGUUGUCAACUUCGAAGAAGAGUCGGAUAAUGAAAGCGCACCCUCUUCCACGCCCACUAAAACCGUGUCGCCGGACGACGCGAACAAAGUCGCUAACUCUAAGUCGCAGGAGUUGUUGCUCCUCGAGAAAAUACAGGCGGAGGCGGCCGCGUACUACAGCUACGAGGGGCUGCCGCCGCCCGACCACAAGGAGCGCAAGAUCGUGCGCACCAACCUCGCCACCAAGUACGAGCGAGUCACGCUCGACGAGAUCGCGGGCACCAAGCAGCCCGCGGAGCGCCGCACCUCGCUCGACUUCAAAGUGCUCUCGCUGGAAGAGAUCAGAGCCCGUAAGAAAAACGAUACCAUCAUACACAGUAAGCCUAUCACACUCAACCUGAGUAGGAAGAGGAAGCUGUCUACACACGAAACUAUCACUACGUCGGGCAAUAAAAUACUCAAAGUGGUCAGAAGCAACUCGAUCGUGUACAAAAAACUCGAUCGCAAUGCUCCUGCAGUCUCGAACCAGUCUAAAGUCGACCAGAAACAAAAUAAUGAAGCUAAUGAUAGGAAACGAACGUUGUCCGAACAGAGCGACAUUUAUGAGAUACAAGAGGAUGAGCUCGUGGACAAUUGUUUCGAAUUUAAGAGGAUAAAGAUUGAUGAACAGACUGCCAAGCCUAAACUCAUUAGGAACAGACUGUCUAGUUCAAACAAAAGUACAGACGAACCAAAGUAUGAUGACAUAGAUUUAAAUAAAACAGAUGAUUCAGAUUCAGAAGUACAAAUAGUAGGUGUCGAGUUAAAUGAAAUGAAUUCAGUAGAUUUAGAUAAGAUUGAUUCAGAUAGUGAGAUUAUAGAUUUAGAGACCACUAGGAUAGGUGAAACUAUAGAUGUAGUAGAUCUUAGCGAGGAGCAGGAUGACAGUGAGAUUACUGCUUCAGACUUGGACCUGGACUUAAGUAAAAAUGCAGUCAUGCCCGACGUAGUAGCUAGCUGUCACCAACAAAUGCAUAACAAAAAUGAUAGCACAGAGACAAGCAUUUUAAACGAUAUCGACAGUCUAUUAAAUGAAGAAUUAUGAUUGAAACUCAUCCUAGUAUUUAGGUUUUACUUUUAAGUAAAAAACUCGUACAAAGUCGACUUAGGUUGUUAGCAAGCAAUAUUUUUAUUGCGAGAUUUUCAAAAGAUCUACAAUAAGUAGUCUUUAAUUUAUUUUAAUAUGUGACAAGCAAUAUUUGUGUGACUUAUAAGGUAGGAGAGCUAAAUAUAAGUAUUUAGUGUUUGUUUAUGUUUAUAUUUUGCUGUAGUGUUAAAAGCUUUAAUUGAAUUUAUUGAAAAUUACUUAAAAUAUUAUAGUGUUUUGCUAGA